CCCACACUCUGCAUUUGGACUGUAGGAUAGUAGAGAAGGGUCUCUACAAUUGAAGUAGGAGAGGGAUAAGACAGCGCACCUUUCACUUGAGCUUCAACAUGGGAGAGGGAAAUGAAGACCGCGAUCUCCACUGCUCCUGCAUCCGACGCUCCACUGACCAGCCCCCUUUCCAACAGAUCCCCUUUACAGGAAAGGGCUCAGAUGAGAAGACGUUCAAAGGAAAAGGCAAGACCGCCUCUUCCCAUUCCGGUGAGAAGCACAUAUGAAGGCAAGCCAAAUCCAAAAAUCCAAAAGAGGAGGAGAAGUCCCAGGAGACCAAGCCCAAAGCCAGAAACAGCACUGCUAGAUUAGAACCAGAGUCCACCUCAUACUGGGGAAACUUCAGGAAAAGAAAAAUCAGUUCCAAGGACAGCUGCCAAGACACUGCGGGGAACUGUCCAGAAGAGGAACGCAGCUUGACAUUAAAAAAAAAAUCAAAGUCCUCUACUGCUGUGCACUACAGUGAAAUCCAGGAGACCUGUGAUGCCCACCAUAGGGGACAUUCGAGGGCUUGCACUGGGCACAGCCAGUGGCACAGGUCUGGAGCCCUACGAGUCCAAUGACUGGCACUUGGAAAAAGCUUGGUGACCUCUGUUGGAGCUAUGUUGGAGGCUAUUUAUCAAGACCUAGCCCAGGUGUGGGCACAGCAGGUCCAUUUUCCACUGACCUGAGAGCAGCUCACGCUGCUGACUUGGAUCUGGGGGCCUCUGUGUGCCCAGAUGCAGAUCUUCUAUGCCAUUGCCACCCAGGGAGCUUAAGUCUUACCUGCUGAGGGUUGGCUUGUCUCAGCCACACUGUCUGGUCCUGGGGAUAGAGGCCUGAAUAGAGAAGCUCACCCCUUUUCUGGGCAUGAUGUAACUGAGUGUGUCAGUGGAUCAGAUGAGGCUUGA